GUAACAGUCAGAGGAUAACCUGUAAAAUAUAGGGUUAAGUUUGAGAAUAAAUAAAAGAAAAUAACGAGAUAAAAUUGAACUUGUUUUUAAAUUCAGUUUUUGUGGAGUAGCAAACGAAUUAUGGAUUCUACAGGGCCGUCGGGACGGCAGGUGUCUUUGCCGUCAGCAAUAAAUCUGUCAACGUUUACGGCCGCUCGGAUGAAGGAAAUUAAAGCAAUGAGAAAAGCGCUAAGUGAAAAUGCUGGGACAAAAAUGGCUUUUCAGAAACUACCGAAACAUAUGAGGCGUAGGGCUAUGUCUCAUGUUGUGAAACGACUGCCCAGAAGAUUGCGGGAAAUACAUUUUAACCAGAUGAAAAAGUCUGGGCUGCCUCCUAAAACCAGUAAGCUCUCUAGGAAACAUAGAAGGCGACCACUAAAUCUUAAGUGUGAGUACAGUAGAAGGCAGAGGAGGGUUAAAUGGUUGGAUACCCACAUUUGGCAUGCAAAGCGAUUUCAUAUGGUUGAAAAGUGGGGAUUUAAGCUUCCCAAACAGCCAUGCGACAAAUCGUUUCGAGCUUGUUAUAGAGCAACUACUCAACACUGUCUAGUUCAGGAUUUAUCCUACAUCAGAUGCAUUGAAAUCGCUGGUGCAUAUCCGAGCAUUAUUUCUAAGCUAGCCAAAGUAACAGAUUCUAAAAUUGGAUUAACAUUUUCAGCAACAUGCUUUUGUGAAGGUAAAAAAUUUGGCACCCUUACUAUUUUUGACCCAGAUUGCACGAAUUCUAUGAGAAAAGCCAUAGGAGAAGUUGACUUUUUUUGGGAUCAACCAAAAAGUGAAAAAAGAACGCUAUGGGUGUUUGUACAUCCUGCAUAUUAUGCGAGGAUCUUAGAACUAUUUGUUGGUCUGUUUGAGAUUGAUUUGUCUCUUGAAGAAAAUGUGAAUAAAUCCGGUGGAGUUAUAGUGAAAGAACUGCAGUACGAUUUGGGAAAAUUUAGACUAACUGGUCCGUUGUCAACUGCAAUAUUGAAACAUGCACUCAGGACACCCAUCCUGAAUGAAAACUGUAAAAAUUUGCCGCCUUGGAUCAAUAGUGAAAGCAUGGAUAUUUUUAACGAACAAAAUCAAGCAUUUGCUGACUUAACGAAUGUUAAUUGCCUUCCUCCCAAUAUGGUGCUUGCGGUCGUUGUUCAAGAUCCAAGAAUGGUCUGGCCCCAGAAACGAACUAAAGCAACACUAGACGAUAUACAGACUCUUGAGGAUAUAGAUAUCGAAACGUUUCAGAAGAAUCUUUCUUUCAGCCCAUUACUUGUAGACUCAUUCCGAAACUUUGUGCAGUAUUUUAAGGGCGAAACCGACGGUGCUAACAAAUAUUUGAUAGAUGGCGCAUCUAAGAUGUCUAAUGCGCAGAUUGUUGAAAUGCGGAAAAGUUCUUUGGUUCCGGGUUUGGAGUUGCCUGGAGAACAACAAUCAGUGAUUCCCAUUAUACUGCUGUGGCGUGUAGGAAAUAGAACUUCUAAUAAUAAUGGGUAUGGGAGUGGAUGGGAUGUAAUAGUGCCGUCGGUCUGGUCUCAAGCUUUUUUUAUGUCUUUUGUAAUGUGGGGAGGCCGCGUCGGAGGUCUACGGGAAACUGAGUCGAUUGCCUUCGAAAAAUCACAAUGCGACCUACUUUAUCCCGAUACAACUGCAGGCGAACAAGAGGAACAUGUUCUCACAGACACAUAUAGAGAUACUUUUUUCAGGUUACCACCAAAUAAACGGACAAACUUUAACAAAUUUGCUAUCGCAUCACCGUUCUCAUUCAAUUGGAAAUUACUUAUUUCCGACUGGUCUGGACAACAUUGCUCGACGUUUUUCGUGCUACGCGAUCGAUUAGUGCUUAAAGAGAUCCAGAAAUUCCUUACCGGUGGUGUUGCUGCACCUCUUUUGCCAGAUAAUUGCCUUAUACCCGUAAAAUUAUUGACUGAGAAAAAAGGUGUCUGCUCGAGGUUUGGCCUAAUUUGUACGAUUGAAGAAGGAACCAGUAGAGACGAAAUUGUCGAACCAAUGCACAAAGACCUACUGGCUCAGAAGAGAAAAGCUCUUAGACAAGAGCAUAAGUCGUUGUUGCAAAAGCUUCGCAGAAGAAGGAAACGAUGCAGGAAAUUAAAAAAGCCCUCAUCCCCAACCGAUAUAGAUAUAUUGACAACAUACAGGCACAAAAUGAGAAGUCUCUGGUUGCCGGAGCCAAAGACUAUUAGAUAUUCUUGUAUACGACCAGUAAUCGGAUUUAUUAAGCACGGCGCCUUUUCAUUUACAUUUGGACAAUCAAAAGGGUUGGGAUAUAUUGCUGGCAGUGCAUUAACAUCUUUGACUGCGAAAAAUAAAGUUCUAAUCAGAAACCCGAACUCCCAGAAAUAUAAAGCUGCUGUGUUAGAUAUUGUUGUUGAAUAAAACAGAGAUCUAGAAAUCAA